AUGCCGAUCGGAAAUUUGGCUAUAUGGCAGAAGCUUUUGAGUGAAUUUGAUAUUAUGUAUGUGACCCAGAAGGCGAUAAAAGCGCAAGCCUUGGCUGAUCAUCUUGCAAGAAAUACUGUCGAUGAAGAAUAUGAGCCGCCUAAGACUUAUUUCCCCGAUGAAAAGGUAUCGUUUGUGGGUGAAGAUAUUUCUGAAGCAUACCCUGGUUGGAGGGUAUUCUUUGAUGGAGCGACAAACCACCAAGGAAGAGGUAUCAUAGCGGUCUUAGUAUCAAAAUCUGGUCAGCACUAUCCUAUGGCAGCUAAACUCCAAUUUAAUUGCAUGAAAGACAUGGAUAAAUAUGAAGCAUGCAUUCUUGGAUUGAAGAUGACCAUUGACAUGAAUGUCCACGAGUUGCUGGUUAUCGGAGAUUCAUACUUGUUGAUUCAUCAGUUUCAAGGAGAAUGGGCCAUGAAAAAACCAAAGAUCACACAAUAUGUGCAAUAUAUACAAAAUUUGUGCAAGAGAUUCCACAAGGUUGAGUUCAGACACACUUCCAGAACGCAGAAUGAGUUGGAUGACGCUCUUGCCACCAUCGCCUCAAUGAUUAAACAUCCAGAUACUAAUAUAUCUAUCCUAUGGAUAUAG